AUGGUGCCAGAGAGGAUGUGUCCGGCGCUCUCUGAUUCAGUCCUGCCGCCCACCCUCCUGCCGCCCACCCUCAUGCCGCCCACCCUCCUGCCGCCCACCCUCCUGCCGCCCACCCUCAUGCCGCCCACCCUCCUGCCGCCCAUCAUGCCACCCACCCUCCUGCCGCCAACCCUCCUGCCACCCACCCUCCUGCCGCCCACCCUCCUGCCGCCCAUCAUGCCACCCACCCUCCUGCCGCCCAUCCUCCUGCCGCCCACCCUCCUGCCACCCACCCUCCUGCCGCCCAUCAUGCCACCCACCCUCCUGCCGCCCACCCUCUCCUGGCGUGACUCUCACCUUGCCAGCGCUGACCUAAAACCCCCACGUCUCGGGUACUGCCCUGAAGCUUCCUUAACAAGAUACCAUCUAGCUAUCCUUGUGACGCCAGUGCUAUCUAUAGGAUAA